AUGAUAGAACAACACGAUUCAGAUACUAAACAUUUACCAUUUACAAUACAUACUCUAUUAGAACUUAAUAAUAAUAAUAAUAAUAAUAAUAAUAAUAAUAAUAAUAAUAAUAAUAGUACUUUGAAUAAUCAAUUAAAUAAUGAAAUAAAACAAUUACCUAUAGAGAAACAUUCACAAAAUACGUUUACAAAAAAUGGUACUCCAUAUCAAUCAAUAAAACAAUCAAUGAAACAUUCAAUGAUAACCAUUAAUGAUAGAAAACAAACUCAAGAUUCUAAUUGGAUACCAAAUAAAUUAGAUGAAAAAUUAUUUUUACAAUUAUUUAAAAAUGUUUAUUUAUCACAAAUUCAGUUACCAUUCAAUACUAACACUGCUAUUAGUAGUAGUAGUAGUACUACUACUACUACCACUACUACCAAUACUACUAGUAAUAGUAGUAGUAAUAGUAGUCAUGACAACUAUAUGAAUUAUGAUAUCCCUAGUAUUAAUAAUAUUGUAAAUUAUUUACAAACAGAUCAUUGGUCACAAUUAUUAAAUUUUACAACAUAUCAUUCACCAUCUCAAUCAAUUCAAUCAUCAUCAUCAUCAUCGUCAUCAUUAUUUAAUGAUCAAUCUGAUCUAAUUCGAUCUACAUUAAAACAUUUGAAUCCUGAUCAUUUACAAUCUAAAUGUACAUUUUUAUCAAAUAGUCAAUAUAGAGAGGAUGUUAUUCAGAAAAGUAAGUUUUUGAUACUUUAUUUAUAUUAUGGAUAUAUAUGGAUGAAUGUAUUCAUUGUAAGUUUAUUAUUGACAAUAUUUAUUGAAGGACUACAGUUGGAUCUGUAA